GCCAACGUGCAGCGCGGUCGCCCGGGAGACCGGGGAAGCCGUUUUACACCCAGCGGAGUCCCGGACUAGACCGUUUGUCUCUCCGGGCAGUGCUCUCUCCGGGCGUUUUGGGAAUUAUGGAUCGCCACAUUCCCAUGCAUGCCUUACCUGAAGAAAUCCAGAAGAUGUCUCCUGAAGAAACAGUUUGUAAAUACUGUGGUGUCAGCUAUCUAAUUCUUCACGAAUUUAAGGCUAUGGAAGAAAAGCUGAAAGCAGUACAAGAAGAAAUGAGAUUUUACCAAGGCGGUGUGGAGCGGGAAAAGAGACUUCAAGAGAAGCUGCAGUCUCUUAGGCAGGAGUUUGAACAGUAUAAAACUGACAACGAGUCCAAGAAGGAAAGAGUUCAAGAUGCAAGCAUGCAGUUAAAAAAGCAACAAAAUGAAUUUCAGAGAGUACAGAAAGAAUUAGGUCAUCUUCAACUUGAGUUAAAAAUUAAACAAAAACAGUCUCAAGUCUUCAGUCAAAGAUUGUCAGAAUACAAAUACUUCUGGAAUAAGACUCUUUUAUUACUUACUUUUACUAAAAGGGAACUAACAAGUAUUAAAUAUGAAAUAUAUGAUAAUUUUCAAAACUGGACUUCACUGAAAGGAGAAGUUUUUCUACAAAUUAAAUCUAUAAGUGAUACAGCUUUGGCAGAGAUAGAUAUGCUAAAUAAAAGUCUGUCAGUGUCCCAGAGAAAUAAGGUAUGCCUGGAAGAAGAAAUGAAAAGUCUCAAAUUGUUGUCGGAUGCAGCCAUACUGAGGUCUCAGCAGAUGGAGGCAUCCAAACAGCAUGAAGUGAACCUGCAAGCCAGGUGCUAUGAGCUGCAGAAGGAAGCACUAGAUUUACAGUGUCAAGUAGAGGCACUUGGGUUGAGACUUCAGAAGACAGCAAAGGAGCUGGACAACUGUAAAGAGAUGCUCAUGAAAAAAUCUAAUGAUGCUGAUAGCUGUGAAAGAGAACUUAGAAAACUGAAGUUUGAGUCCAUUAUCUCCGAGUCAAGGCACAAAAGGCUGCUUAAGGAAAAAGAAGACUCUUUAAUUACUUGCCAAAAGCUAUAUAAAACUGUACAGGAAGAGCUGACUACAAAAGAAAGACAAGAGGAAGAUAUAAAACGAAGAAUCAACCUCGCCGAAAAUGAACUAGAGAUGACCAAAACUCUCCUGCUUCAGACACAGGAAGAAAUUUUAACACUGAAAAAUGAAAGGGAAUUGAUGCUGGUUUCUCAUCAGAAAAGCAUCGAACAGCUGCAGGAAACCCUGAGACAGAAGCUGCUGAGCGAUGACAGCUGGAGGGAGAAGAUCGAAGCUGAACUCAGCAAGGAAAGAGCCCGGCAUCUCAUUGAGUUCCAGGACCAAGCUCUUCUCUUUAAGGAGGAAGCUAAAUUGGAACUUGACAUUGAAAAAGAAAAACACCAGGAAAUAAUCCGGAAGUAUCAGCAAGAACAGGAGGGCCUGCAAAAGAAGAUAGCUGACCUAAUCGCAGAUGCUACAAAGGACCUGCGGCUGGAAGUGGCCUCUCUCCAAGAAAAGCUCCAUGAGUCCCAUGCUCGAUACACAGAAGAGUCUGAAUCAAAGAAAAAAGAAAUUGAAGACUUGAAAACUCUGGUUGCAGAAUUCGAGUGCCGUUUGAAGAAGGAAACUGGCCAUGAUGAUUCAGUUUCCGAAGAGUUGAAGAAGGAAAUGAAACAGAAGUCAGAUGAGCUGGAAAGAGUAAGACUGGCCCAGACACAGCUGCUGCAGCAGUUCAGCCAGUCACAGGAAGAGAACACUUUUCUCCAGGAAACGGUGCGCAGAGAGUGUGAAGAACGCUUUGAACUGACGGAGGCUUUGAGUCAAGCCAAAGAAGAGCUCCUGGAGCUCAGGAGGGGCGGAGGAAACGGAGGAAAUGUACUGUGUUCCCUCAAUAAGGGGGCCCUAACCUACCCUGCCUCCGCAGUCAGUAAUCACCGCGAGCUAAGCAGUGUGAGACAGAACUGUGGACGAGGCGCCGGCACGCCCAACCUGCGUGGACUGCCGAAACCCGCUGCUUCCCCAACCCCAGAUAAGCUCAAGAAGGUCGGCUGCUCCGAACUGCCCGCCCUUGCCCAGGCAUAUCCUCCCAGGGGCCGAGCAAUUUCAGUAAACGAGGCCAGGCAGAGGUUGACAGCCAUCCUUCGCAGAAGGCUGAGUCAGCAGUGA